AUGUCCUUCCUCGGCGGCGCCGAGUGCUCCACGGCCGGCAACCCAUUGACCCAGUUCACCAAGCACGUUCAAGAUGACAAGUCGUUACAGCGGGAUCGGAUGGUGGGCAGGGGUCCCGGGGGAAUGCAAGAGAGUAUGCGUACUCGGGGCAUGGCAGGGCUGGGCGAUCAGAUGAUGGACGAAUUCAUGCAGCAACAACCUCAACCUCAACCAGGUCAUAUCCCCGUACAGCCUUUUGCUAUGGACCAGAUGCGACGAGAACUCGAAUCGGCCGCUCGCACGGGCUCGUCGGCAGCUGGCUGGGCGGCAGAGUUUGAUCCUGGCGAACAAGCCCGUAUGGAAGCGGCGUUUAGUAGUGAUAAUAGCAGAGGUAUUGGUGCGGCCCCUGCUGCAGGGUUCUCGGCUGCAGAGUUCUCGCGUUUCCGCCAAUUGCAGAAUAAUCGUACAGCAAGUCCGAUUGCGUCCACACAAUCACCGAUGAUGGGCGGGUACCAGAGGCCGAUGAUGGGUGGGUAUAUGGGCAUGAACAUGGGCAUGGGGGGUAUGGGAAUGAUGGGUUCUGCGUAUGCGAUGCAGCAACAGCCACAGCACAUGGACUCGACUGCGCAGCAACAAGACAGCAAAGGAAAAGCCAGAAUGGUCGAAUUAGACGAUGAAAAUUGGGAGGCUCAGUUUGCCGAAAUGGAUGCGGCUGGUCAGCAGUCGUUUGAUGAACAGGCGAAUAAUGCGAUGGAAGCAGAACUAAAUGAGCUGGACAGGUCAGUCCCCAGUGAUCUUCAUCUCCUAGAAGGAGACCCUGGAUUUGAAGAGUUUGAACGUGUGUGGCAAAGUGCUCAAGCUGAACAAAAUGCGUCUGUGACUAGAAAACUGGCUGAACGAGAAGAGGAUAUGGAUUUCGAAGAAGUGGCGAAUCUACACAUGGACGAGAAUGGUGGCUGGGAUGGCUUUGAUACCCUGAAUACACGACUCCGCGACCCGCAAUUAGGAGAUUAUCUAUUUGAAGAGGACAACGCGUUCCGCGCGGUGGGCAACCCGUUUGAAGAAGGCAUGAAAAUCAUGCAAGAAGGCGGGAACCUGUCUCUAGCUGCGCUGGCAUUCGAAGCUGCGGUCCAGAAGGACCCUCAACAUGUCCAGGCCUGGACGAUGCUUGGGUCUGCGCAGGCUCAGAACGAGAAGGAAAACCCGGCGCUCCGGGCGUUGGAGCAGGCAACAAAACUGGAUCCAGACAAUCUCGAUGCGCUUAUGGGUCUGGCUGUCUCGUAUACGAACGAGGGCUACGAUUCAACUGCAUACCGCACUCUGGAGCGUUGGCUCUCAGUCAAAUACCCGCAAGUUAUUGACGCCAAGGAUCUUUCUUCCGACGCUGAUGUCGGCUUUACGGAUCGACAAUUGUUGCACGACAAAGUGACCGACCUGUUCAUCCAGGCGGCGCAACUGUCACCGUCGGGCGAACACAUGGAUCCGGAUGUUCAGGUCGGACUGGGAGUCUUAUUCUACUGCGCCGAAGAGUACGAUAAAGCGGUAGACUGCUUCUCGGCGGCGCUGGCAUCGACAGAAUCCGGCACGUCGAAUCAGCAGGGACAAGUGCAUUUACUCUGGAACCGGCUGGGUGCGACGCUGGCCAACUCAGGCCGUUCCGAAGAGGCGAUUGAAGCAUACGAACGAGCACUUACGAUCAACCCGAACUUUGUGCGUGCGCGCUACAAUCUCGGCGUGUCGUGUAUUAAUAUCGGCUGCUACCCGGAAGCUGCACAGCAUCUGUUGGGCGCGUUGGCGAUGCACAAAGUGGUUGAGCAGCAGGGUCGGGAAAAGGCGCGCGAGAUUGUGGAUGGCGUUGAUGGCAUUGACGAUGCCGAGCUCGAGCGCAUGAUUCACAUUAGCCAGAACCAGAGCACGAACCUGUAUGAUACACUGCGGCGUGUGUUCACGUCGAUGAACCGGCGCGAUUUGGCGGAUAUGGUGGUGUCGGGCAUGGACGUGGAUGUGUUCCGGAAGGAGUUUGAAUUCUGA